CCCGGGACGCCGAUCCAGAAAAGCCCCUUGUGCCCGGAGCAGAAUGCCGGUGAUGCGCGGUCUGCUCGCCCCGCAGAACACCUUCCUGGACACGAUCGCGACCCGCUUCGACGGCACCCACAGUAACUUCGUGUUGGGGAAUGCCCAGGUCCAGUCCCUCUACCCGAUCGUGUACUGCUCAGAUGGCUUCUGUGACCUGACAGGCUAUGCCCGUGCUGAGCUGAUGCAGAAGAGCUGUGCGUGUCACUUCCUGUAUGGGCCCGAGACCAGCGACCGCCUCACGGAGCAGAUCCAGGGGGCCUUGGAUGAGCGCAGGGAGUUCAAGACGGAGCUGAUCUUCUACAAGAAGGGAGGUACCAAGUUCUGGUGUCUGCUGGAUAUUGUGCCAAUCAAGAAUGAAAAGGGGGAGGUGGUGCUCUUCUUGGUGUCACACAAGGACAUCACCGACAAGAAAACGGAGGACUCAGAGCAAGGUCCAGAUGUGGAUGAGGAGACUGGACUGCAGGUGCACCGGGUCACCCGUCCCCCAGGGUUCAACGCCAACCGGCGCCGCAGCCGUGCCGUGCUCUACCACUUGUCAGGUCACCUGCAGAAGCAGGACAAGGGCAAGCUGAAACUGAACAAUAACAUGUUUGGAGAGAAACCACCCAUCCCAGAGUACAAGGUGGCUGCUAUCCAGAAGUCUCGCUUCAUCCUGCUUCACUAUGGCACUUUCAAGGCGGGAUGGGAUUGGCUGAUUUUGCUGGCCACCUUCUACGUGGCAGUUACCGUUCCCUACAAUGUGUGUUUCACUGCUGGGCGGGAUGAGGGGAGCUCUGCUUCCCGCAGCCCUCCAAGUGUCAGUGACAUUCUGGUGGAGAUCCUCUUCAUACUGGACAUUGUGCUGAACUUCCGCACCACCUAUGUGAGCACGUCAGGCCAGGUGGUGUACGACGCCCGCGCCAUCUGUGUGCACUACGCCACCACCUGGCUCUUUGUAGACCUCAUCGCCGCGCUGCCCUUCGAUUUGCUCUAUGCCUUCAACGUAAGCGUGUACUUUGGUGUACACCUGCUGAAGACGGUGCGGCUGCUGCGGCUGCUGCGGCUCCUACAGAAGCUGGAGCGCUACUCGCAGUACAGUGCCGUCGUGCUCACACUGCUCAUGUCCAUGUUUGCCCUGCUCGCCCACUGGAUGGCCUGCGUCUGGUACUUCAUCGGCCGCCGUGAGAUCGAGAACAACAGCCCUGGCAGCUGGGACAUCGGUUGGCUGCAUGAACUGGCGAAGCGCCUGGGCACACCCUACUUUCUGUCUCCCAUAACCUCUCUGCUUGGAGCCUCGGACCCGCUGCACCCCACCGCUACACACAACAGCAGCCGGUGGAAUGCAUCUGGGGCCGAGCUGCUGGCUCAGGACUCUUGGAACUCCAGUCAGUGGAAUUUGACUGGGGUGACGCCGGGGCAGACGACAUCCCCUACCGAGACCCAGCUCAACGAGAUUGGGGCUGAGCUCAGAGGGGGGCCUUCAGUACGCAGCUCCUAUGUGACGUCGCUGUACUUUGCCCUGAGCAGCCUGACCAGCGUGGGCUUCGGCAACGUCUCUGCCAACACUGACUCCGAGAAGAUCUUCUCCAUUUGCACCAUGCUCAUCGGGGCACUGAUGCACGCCGUGGUAUUCGGGAAUGUGACCGCCAUCAUCCAGCGCAUGUACUCGCGACGCUCGCUGUACCACACUCGAACAAAGGACCUGAAGGACUUCAUCCGUGUGCAUCGGCUCCCUAAGGCCCUGGAGCAGCGCGUGCUGGAGUGCUUCCAAACCACCUGGUCCGUCAACAACGGUAUUGACGUUAGCGAGCUGCUGAAGGACUUCCCGGACGAGCUGCGUGCCGACAUCGCCAUGCACCUGAACAAAGAGCUGCUGCAGCUGCCGCUCUUCGAGUCGGCCAGCAGGGGAUGCCUCCGCUCGCUAUCGCUCAUCAUCAAGACAUCCUUCUGUGCUCCCGGGGAGUUCCUCAUCCGCCAGGGAGACGCUCUGCAGGCCAUCUACUUUGUGUGCUCCGGUUCCAUGGAGGUGUUAAAGGACAAUACGGUGCUGGCCAUUCUGGGGAAGGGAGACCUCAUCGGCUCGGACUCCCUGAUGAGGGAGCAGGUGAUAAAGACGAACGCCAACGUGAAGGCGCUCACCUACUGCGACCUGCAGUACAUCAGCCUGAAGGGGCUGCGCGAGGUGCUGCGUCUCUACCCUGAAUACGCCCAGAAAUUUGUCAGCGAGAUCCAGCAUGAUCUCACCUACAACCUGCGAGAGGGUCACGGCGCCGAUGUGGACUGGGAGAGCAACGGCGGACUGGUGAACAAGCUUCCUUCCAUCCAGGAGGAUGAAGAGGGUGACGAAGAGGAGCAAGGCUCCCUGUCCAGGGCCACACGCUCCCCUCUAAGGCUAACUAGGGGCCUCAGCUCACCCCUGCGAUCCCCGCUGAUGCCGUCCCGCCCUUUUCGCCCCCCCACUGAAAAUAUCCGUCCCGCCACCCUGCAGAUCCCUCUGGUGAGCUUCAGCAGUGCUCCGGCAGAGCUGAGCCCCAGGUUUGUGGACGGCAUUGAAACAGAAACCAGCGGCAACGCAGCUCAGAAGUUUGAGUUCAGCACGAGCGCAGCUCAGAGCACCAGUCCCCCUUCCCUCGAUCCAGGGAUCCAGGAGCAGGCAGAAACAAGGCAGAGCAUCAGCAAGCUGAGUCAAGAGAUGGGCAGUCUGUCCCAGCAGGUGUCGCAGCUAAGCCAAGAGAUGCAGGAGAUAACGCGCCUGUUGAGACCCCUCCUCCUCCUCGGCUCCCAGCCUAUCCUGUCGGCUCUGACUCCCAGCAUGACUCCGCCCCCCAGCAGCGCCAGUGCGCCAUCCAUCGGCAGUCCCCCGGUGAUCCCGCCGCCCGCGCCGCCCUGCUCCCCUCAGCCAACCGGCUGCUCCCUCAUAGACAGCGUGGAACCUGGGGCCUUAGAGCUGCCCGUCUGUCUCGUUCCUUCCUCCACCACCCUACAAAAACGCACAUCCCCGCAGAGUUUUGCUGGGUGUGUGCCCAAGAAGAGUCCCCCUCCAGCCGAACGAGGAGUGACAGGUGGGCGAUCAUCUCCUAGAGCUCCCAGCAACGGACUCACUGAUUCAGUCCAGGAGCAGAGACCCCCAACUUCCCGGACCACCUCUCCAUCCCUCUCCUUCUCCUUGUCAAUAUCCUCGUCUCCUUCCCCAACCCUCUCCACCUCACCCUGCCAGGGCCCUCACUUGUCCCACGCGAACCGCGCCAGGGCUCUCCGUGCCCCGCUGGCCUCCCAGGACUCACCCCUGGCCCAUGUUUCCCACUGCUCAGCACCACCAUCACUCAGCAACUCCCCCGGGAACCACAGACACAGGGUUAGUCCCGUCUCCUCGUCCUCAACGCCACUGAUCCCAGCCCCUCCUUGCACACCGCCCUCGUGCCCGCACCCUUCGCCGCUUUCCCCCGGCUCUCUGGACUCACUGAAGGAGGUGCAAGCUUGCUUCGCCCCCCAGUGGCAUCGGGAUGCUGCUGUUGCCUCCGUGAGCUCCCCUAACCUAGAGGCAGGUCACGUCGCCAUGGAGAUGCAGGAGUGGGGCACACAAAGUGAGCACAUCAGUUUCAUCGAUGAGGAGGGGCCACCCUAAUGUGUGUUGGCGUGUGCGUGAGAGACAGAAAGAUGCACACCGGGACCAGUCAUCAUUGGAAGGAGACAGCUGGAGGAGAAGAUGUGGAGAAAAGGCUAAGGGCAACUCCACUCAUCCAGAAGACCUCGCCCCAUGUCACCAAGAAGAACUUCUCGGAGCUCUCUUCAUGGCCUUGACGUCUCCUUCAUGCCAGGAUGGGCAUCAGCCAUCAUCUCCAUUUUUCUCUGACACCUGCGCUGCCCAAUGUCUCCAUAUUAGCACAGGUAACAGUGCCCCCCUCCUGCAACUUCUCCAAUGAAACCAAGCACUGGGGGCUGACCCCAUCGCCCCCAACUGCCAUCUGCACCAGUCGGAGCCCCACUC